AUGACAGAUAUUCAACGAUACAAGGGUGUACUGAUUUCGUUGAUAUUUGUGGUCUUCAUAUUUUAUGCCUACGAACUUGAUUUUGGAUAUUUGGAAACUGUUGGUGAAUUACUGAGCAUUGUAACAGAUGAUACCGUAAACGGUUCAUUUCCGAUUACAUUCUAUCAAUCGGCAUAUGUUGAUCAUCGAUUUGAUCCACCACGUCUUCGAAUUUUUACAAUAAACAAAUGUCUGAAGAAUAAUCAAUUUUUGUUAGUCGAUCUACAUUUUAAUGGAAAUAAUUCUGCACCAGUUAGAAAAAAUAUUUACGGAAUACCUCUGAAUCGAAAAUGCCCAAUAAAUUAUAUCGAGCAAGAAGGGUGCGUCUAUAACCCUUAUACAUUUUCCAUUGAUUUAAAAAGAAAUGAAGAUUUGAAAAAAGUUACCAUUCUUUUAAGCAGUAGGAAAGUGGAACUGAGUGUUCAAAAGGUUUACAAAAAGUCAACUGAAGGGAUUACUGUAUGUCUCCAACCAGUAUACUACUACUCUCAAUGGCAAAAUAUUGUACUGUACAUUGAAGCAUGGAGAGCCCACGGAGCCACUCGUUUUAUUGUAUACUUUCAUUCUGCGACUAAAGAAACUUGGAAGACGUUGGAGUAUUACAGAGACUUGGGAAUUAUUGAAAUUAAACCCUGGCCCAGUUUUCCAAGUUUACCAGUUGAUAUCGCUGAUAAAUAUCCGAAAAUUGAUGAUAGCGUUUUCAUACUUUCAUAUUUCAUGGCUAUGAAUAUCUGUAUUCUCGAUAUCAAAACAACAAUUGGAACUGUUGCUGAUUUCGAUGAAGUCAUGGUUCCAACGAAUGGUAGACUUUUGGAUUACGCGACCAAAGAAAUGGCGAAUACAAAAGUUGGAGCUCUCAUCUUUCAAAACCAUUACGUAUCAUUGACUCCAAGAAUCUAUUCAGCAAACUUUUCUGGAGUGGCAUCACCGAAAUUCAAGAUUUUAGCUUGGCCAUCAAAAAUGGAGACAACGAUGAAUCUUUUAUAUGAUAACGAAGCAGAUAGAAGCUUGAUGGUUACUUUUUCUCAAAAUGUGAAAACAAUAGAAGAGGUCAAAAAUUCGACAUCCGAAGUGGUCCAUUAUAUCAAUUUGAAUGAUAAAGUAGUCAAGAAAGUUGGAAAAUCAAAAAAAGAAGCAACAAGUUUGUAUAAUAGUCAUUUUAAUGAGAAAGAGGAUUCAUUAUUUGAUUUCAAAUCAUCCGAAUGCCAAAUCGAAGAUUGGAAUAACGUCUACACAGAUUCUAUCCCAAACCAGGAGAGACACAAAGAGUGGGCCGAGGAAAAUCUUGGCAUACGGAAGUACUUGUACCAUAACUCGUUUGCAUUACUUGGAGCAUUUGUGUACACCGAUCAAAUUAUAGUAACGUUAACUGCGGAGAAUCAGUUCAAUAAUACCGUCUACUGUCGCUACUAUGACUGUCGCCGGAGAGAAAUUCCAGAUCAAUUUGAAUCAGUGGUGAAUCCAGAAUCCACUGUGUUUUGUGCUCGAAGACCAGGAGCAAAAUACAUUUCCAUUUCGAAAAAUCUGGAAGAAGUUCCCGAAUACUCUAUUCCAAUUGUUCCUCGAAUUCAAAAACCCCCUCACUAUUUCACUGUUUGCAUGGCAACACUAUAUGGAGAUGAACCGAAGUUCUUGCAAAUCGUUGACUUCAUCGAAUACUAUAAACUUCAAGGAGCCACAUUUUUCCAUAUCUACUUGAGAAAUGUGACCGAUUAUGACCGAGUUUUGUUGGAUGACUAUGUUAGAACCGGAGAUAUUGAGAUUAUUAAAAUGCAUGAUCAUCAUUGGAGGGAUGAUUUUAUGUGGCAUAAUGCGCAGAUAAAUGAUUGCCACCAUCGGAACAAAUAUUUUUCCAAGUGGACCGCAGUUAUCGAUGUCGAUGAACGAAUGGAGAUGAGAAGUGAUUCUUACAAAACCAUCACUAGCUUCUUGGACUCCGUUACCGACCCUAACAUCGUGAAUCUCCAUUUCAAGGUUCAAUGGAUAAUCAAAACAGAUAAUACUCCAGCUAGAUAUGAAAACGAAAAGCAGCUGAUCGAAGAAAUGGUGUUCCACAAAUAUCAGAAUCUCUCUCAAGUUGGAUCGUUUUGGAACCAACCGAAAUGCAUUAUCCGGCCUGAAAAAAUAGGCAUAAUGACGAUUCAUGCUCCAUUGGCGACCUAUUCAGGAAUGAGGAGGUCAUUGGUGAAUGAAAGUAUCGGAGUUGUCAGACACUAUCGGAAUGUACAACAGCGGGUGUUUGCGGGUGCACUGGAUAGAAUGAUGAUACAUGCUCCAUUUAGUAUAUCCCCAAUUGCGCAGUGGAUAGAUAACUUGUUGACUGAGAAGAUUCUGAAACGAGUCAAAUGGGUAUAUGAUGUGAUUGAUGUCACUUGUGAUCAGAAACAACGAAUUUAUCAAAUCCAUGGAGGACUCAAUGCGUCGUGUUGGCUAGAACAGCAGCAUGAGAAAAAUAAUCUCGCGGCUUAG